AAUCAAUGUUUAGCAAGCGUGUAUCCUCCUCGAUUCUGGUGCUGCGGACCCGCGCCAAGAGCACGGCGAAGCCCCGAUCGUCGCCUGUGUUGAGCACCAUGCUGCCACCCGGCACCUUCAAGGGAAAAGUGGCACUGGUAACAGGCGGCGGCACCGGGUUGGGCAAGGGCAUCGCCACCAAACUGUCAGAUCUGGGCGCGACCGUCGCCAUAAUGAGCCGCAAGAAGGGCGUCGUGGAUGUGGCGGCGAAAGAAAUCCAGGAAAUUACGGGAAACGCGGUGAUUCCGCUCACGGGAGACGUACGCGAGCCCGAGCAGGUAAAGAAAGCGCUGGACGAGCUAGACGAGCAGGCGGGAAUACCCACGAUCGUGGUCAACAAUGCGGCCGGGAACUUUAUUUCGCCCUUCGAACGGCUUAACGCCAAAGGUUUCGGCACCAUCGUGGAUAUUGUUCUCAAGGGCACGGCCAACGUGACGCUGGACGCAGGCAAACGCAUGAUCCAGCACGAGCAAGGCGGCGUAUUCCUCAACAUUACGACGACGUACGCCGAGACGGGCUCCGGCUACGUCGUUCCCUCCGCUGCAGCGAAGGCUGGCGUCAGCUAUGGAAUCCGUUUUGUGGGUAUCGCCCCGGGUCCGAUCAAAACCAAGGGAGCGUUCGACCGACUGGACCCGUCGGGCGCCUUUGAGGAAGUAAUGAUCCAAAACAACCCUCUGAAGCGCUUUGGUGAGGUGGACGAACUCGCAAACUUGGCGUCCUACAUGACGAGCGACUACGCUAGCUGGCUCAAUGGCGAGAUCAUCCGCUUCGAUGGAGGUGAGACGGUCUCGAACGCCGGCGAGUUCAAUAUGUUUGGCACAGUCAGCAAGGAGAAAUGGGAUGACCUCGAAGCCGCCAUCCGCGAUUCCAACGCCAAAGGCAAGAAGUAACGUUAAACUUGCCCCCAGUGAAAUUGUCAUUACGACGUCAAUUUGCCUUCUGUGGCAUCCAGAACACCUUUCUAAUCAUAGCAUCUGCACCUUUAAAAAAACGAUCUCAUGGUUCACGUAUAUAAAUUGAAAAAUUGCGGCAGUGUUGACUAUACAGCUCGGUUUUGGCAGGGGGCCACGACAGAUACGAACUACUCUCGAAGCAUGACGUGUAGUGAGUGGAAAGCGACCAGUGAUCACUCGCGUGCGUUACUAGGACGCGCGGUUAACCGCUUACGAUGCCGCGGUUGCGAGGUGAUACUUGGCACGUAGCUGCUCGCGCUUCUCGGCCCGGCGGCGCAAACGAUCCUCCUGGAACAUGACGAGCUCCCGCAAUUGCCUCCAUCCACUGCUGUCUCUUGAGUUCCGUUGUGGCGUCAAAUCUGUGCUCCUGUGGACCCACAGCGAUGACGAUCCCCACGUCAGAGUUGUCCUGCCCCACAUCCACCUCGCGGACGUCCGUGAUCUCGUCAAGUGGAAUGGCCUUGAUGUCGCCUUCACACGUUCUCGUUUCGGGAUCAAAUUUCUGGUAUUGGAAAAUGUUCUUGGCACGUACGAACUUGAGACCAACGUGUCUCUUCCGCAGCAGGCCAUACUUACUAAAGACAUCUCCACCCUCCAGCAGCGGCAAGAGCUUCUCGUAGAAGACGUUCUCGGUCUUGGCGGUGUUGGCGCAGUUGUUACAAAGACGCACGGGUUCCACGAAGCCAAACUUGACCACACGGUCGAAACUGGAUGUGCAGUGACCGCAGUAGACGAGUCCGCAGCCGCGACAGUGGUGUUUGCGCUUGAGCAGAUCGAAUUCGACGCCGCAGGACACACAUGCCUCAACCAAGUCGUCUUUGAUCCAUCGAGGUGGGUCCUGGUAGUUGGGUAGGAUGGCGGUGGACGGGUCCUCUUCGUCAGCGAUCGGACGGCGCUUUGGCUUUUCCUGAAUCACGUAUCUGUAUUCGUCAGUUGGCUCCGGUGUGUACCCAGGCUGGAAGCAGCAUGAGAUCAGCGCGCACAAGCCUGCUUUAGCCUUCUGUGGAAACGCGGCCACCAUUGUUCUGCGCAGCGAGAAGGAAAGUAAGUGCGGCAGAGGCUCC